AUACGGUCAUAUCCAUUUUCACACCCUUCGAAGCCAGUGCGUUCUUUAAUAGUUAUAAAGGCCUCGUUAUGGACGGACCUCAGAAUACUGCAAUCACGAUCAGAGCCUCAUAUUAUUUCAAUACAAAACGGAAGAUCCCUUAUUUGGAGGAGGUUCUUGCGAUCAAUGUUGUAAAUGACAACGAAAUUGUUAUCACAGCCAAGCUUCAAACCCUCAAAAUGCCAGGAACUAUCGUCGUUGAUCAUCUUCCAAAAACCAUCAACUGA